UUUUGCUUUCUUCAGUCAAGAGCAGAAGUGGCAAGCGCGUCAUCCGGAGUCGAACUAGACACUGAGCAUCUCCUGAUUCCAACGACCAUAACACGUUGUUUCGACGGCAGAAUACCACGACUUGAACUCGUAUAUGUUUUCCAAGUCAACAUAACGAGCACUCCCAUGCUCUUUUUGAAUGACUAAGACACCUUAGUGAUGUCUUCAUCCGUGAGCGGGACAGAGGAGGUGCACGUGUCGGCGUUGACGCCCCUGAAGUUGGUGGGGCUGCUUUGCGUCUUCCUCGCCCUGUGCCUGGACGUGGGAGCCGUUCUGAGCCCGGCGUGGGUCACGGCGGACGACCAGUACUACCUGUCCCUGUGGGAGUCCUGCUGGAAGCCCGUUAGCUCGGCGGAGUGGUCCUGCAACAGCACGCUGGCUACCGACUGGCAGAUCGCCACGCUGGCCCUGCUGCUGGGAGGGGCCGCGCUAACCCUGCUAUCCGUCCUUGUGGCCCUCGUGUCCCUGUGCUGCAGUUCUAGAAGUCGCUGCUACAAGCCCGUGGCCAUCAUGCUCUUCUCUGCAGUGGUCCUCCAGACAUGCAGCCUCGUCUUGUUCCCCAUCAAGUUCAUUGAGGCAGUCACUCUGAGGGUGUACCACGAGUUCAACUGGGGGUACGGCCUGGGGUGGGGAUCCACCAUCUUCUCCUUUGGAGGGGCCAUCCUCUAUUGCCUCAAUUCCAAGAACUAUGAAGACUACUAUUAGAUCAUGAAAAAGAAGAAGAGGAAGAGGAACAUCACGCCGUCUUGAACUUUCGGUCACACUGCACGAUCACGGGGCAGAAUAACAGCAAAAACAAAUGAUUUCAAAGACAGUCCAGAGCUCCAGAUUGACCCUAAUUGGUGGUGUUUUGCCCCUAAAAUUUAAGACACUGAAACUAAAGUUUUCAUAUACUCGCACAUGUAUGACCAAUAAUUAAAAAAAAAAAUCUUUAAUAUGUUUGUUGCUGGCAAAUUUCUACCCCUCACGUCCACCUAUUUAUCAGUAAACAUGAGUAGAAGUGUGAAUAUUUACUUUGCAAGUCAUUUUGUAAUUCAUGUACGCCACUAAAUUUUCUAUUUACACCCGUAAAACUUCAUAUUCGGGGUCACUCUGCUCCUAGAAAAAAAAAGGAAAUCUGGAGCUCUGCAGAAUUUUAUGACAGACAAUAUGCACGCACACAUCUUUGGGAUGUUGAAUGAACAGGUGGGGGAAAGAAUCCACAAUCUGACAUUUAGAGGCAGAUAGCUUGACUCAGACGUACUAUGUAGACAAAAGUAUUGGGCCAUGUGUUCAGUGCACCGACAGGGAGUGAAAAAGGAAUCAAAUAGGGCGUUAGAAACCAACUUUGCAGGUAUAACGGCUUCUGCUCAUCUGCUCACGUUGAUGUGUGUCCGUUCAUCCAUUUGUGGCUUGAUGUCAGACUUUUGUGGUUUCGGUUUAUCACACCAAUUUGAUCCACUUUUAUCUUUGUGGAGAGGAAAGGUCCUUCCCACAACGCUGCAAGCAAUUGUCAAAAAUGUCUUUUAGAUCAAGAAUUCAGAUUGAAGGAGCUGAGUCCAACUCCUGACUGAUGAAGUGAAUAAUAAGUGCAUGUGUGUGGCUAUUUUUGUCGACAAAGCGUAUGUUUGCUUCCCCUUUAAGUGGAGCUCCAGUAGGUCGUAGAAUUAGGCAGGCAAUCUAGGGAGAACAGAUGGAUCCAUUGACCCCAUGUGAAGAUGAAUGGGGGAACUGAAUCAACCAAUCAGAGCAAGAUGGAAAAUAACAGGAGAAAAUCAACUCCAUUCCUCAAUCAGGGGAUAAAUGGCUCCAGGAAGGAAAAAUGUCCCAUUGAGAUGACAUCCUGAGGAUGUCACAAAUAACGGUAGCCUCAGACAAAAACAUGGAACACCCAAGGAAAUACGGCAUUCCUUUUGGUCUUCUCAUUAACUGCUCAGCAGCAUCGUGUGACGGGGGGUGUAUUUGAACAAUUUAAAAUCUGAACCAGUGGGAAGGAAGUUGGUAGAUGAUCAUGUGUGCGGGAUCUUCCAAUUACGCACGUCCUCAUGUGAUGCCUCCUCGAGUUUGUGCUGUGUUUGUCAAAGAGGAUCACUGUAGUUAGUAGUGUACUGUAUUAGUCUCCUGUGUAUCCCACCUCUGUAUGAGAUGCUUGGAGCAAUGCUCAGUGCAUGAAGAUUUGUGUAUUACAGUAAAUCAGUAAACUGGAAAACUGUACUUUCAAAGGGACACUUUCCACAAGGAUUAAUGAUCACUGAUAUGAAUUAAAAUGAAGUGACAAACAUCAUGAACAUUUUUUGUAACACAACCGGACGUAAAUUGUUGUUACAUGCCAUUUUGUUGGACAGCACAGAUAAAAAAUAAAAAGACAUUAAAAAUGUA